GGAAUGUGGGUGGAGAUUCAUGCUCUUUAAAGAAAGUGGCUCUAUAAGGAAGCAUAUCUGUUACCUUGGAAGUAACAGCUUAAACAGGAUCGUGUCCAGAAGUCACCUCCUGCAGAUUCUAAACCAUGGCCGAUGAUGAGGUUGCCGCUCUGGUGGUCGACAAUGGGUCUGGAAUGUGUAAGGCCGGCUUUGCAGGUGAUGAUGCUCCCAGGGCUGUGUUUCCCUCCAUUGUGGGACGCCCCCGUCACCAGGGGGUGAUGGUUGGAAUGGGUCAGAAAGACAGUUAUGUUGGCGAUGAAGCCCAGAGCAAGAGGGGCAUUCUGACCCUGAAGUACCCGAUUGAACAUGGUAUUGUGACCAACUGGGAUGACAUGGAGAAGAUCUGGCACCACACCUUCUACAACGAAUUGCGAGUGGCCCCAGAGGAGCAUCCUGUUCUCCUCACGGAGGCACCCCUCAACCCCAAAGCCAACAGGGAGAAGAUGACCCAGAUCAUGUUUGAGACCUUCAACACACCAGCCAUGUACGUUGCCAUUCAAGCCGUGCUGUCCUUGUACGCCUCUGGGCGUACGACUGGCAUUGUGCUCGAUUCUGGUGAUGGUGUGUCCCACACCGUGCCCAUCUAUGAAGGGUACGCCUUGCCUCAUGCCAUCCUGAGAUUGGAUUUGGCUGGCCGGGAUCUCACUGAUUACAUGAUGAAGAUCCUGACCGAACGUGGGUAUUCCUUCACGACCACAGCCGAGAGGGAGAUUGUGCGUGACAUCAAGGAGAAACUUGCUUACGCGGCCCUGGACUUUGAAGCUGAGAUGCAGACAGCCAGCACCUCCUCAGCCUUGGAGAAAAGUUACGAGCUGCCUGAUGGUCAAGUCAUCACCAUCGGCAACGAGCGCUUCAGGUGCCCAGAAACCCUGUUCCAGCCCUCCUUCAUUGGUGUGGAGUCAGCUGGCAUCCAUGAGACCACUUAUAACAGUAUAAUGAAAUGUGAUGUAGAUAUCAGGAAGGAUCUGUAUGCUAACACUGUCCUGUCUGGUGGAACCACCAUGUUCCCAGGUAUUGCUGAUCGGAUGCAGAAGGAAAUCACAGCCUUGGCUCCGAGCACAAUGAAGAUUAAGAUAAUAGCUCCCCCAGAGAGGAAGUAUUCAGUAUGGAUCGGAGGUUCCAUCUUAGCUUCUCUCUCCACCUUCCAGCAAAUGUGGAUCAGUAAGCAGGAGUAUGAUGAGUCUGGACCAUCCAUCGUCCAUCGCAAGUGCUUCUAACUUGCUGUAGGGAUCAGAACUAAUUUAGACUUGUCUUGAUUGUCACCUUCCCAAAACACUUUCUAUUGAUGAAUUUGGUUGGUCUAACUUUCACCUUGCCACAUUGUAAAACCCACUUGAAUCCAAGAUCAUCUUUUGAUCCUUGGGUUAAAUGGCAUGUGUGAAAUAUUGAAGCCUUUGGUGAAACAUCCAAGUUUCAUUCCUUUUGGAAUGACUGGCAAGAGUUCUCUUUCAAUUCUUUUAAAAGACAGUCGAGGUGGGAAUGAAAGCAGCAUUUGUGCUCCACUUGAGAAUUAGACCCAACAUGAGAACGUCUGAUUGCUAACUUCUGAUAGUAACAGAAACCUUGCCUUUAUGCAGCUGUGCACACUACCAAUUAGCAUCUUCAAGAAAUCACCUAUAACCUGUCAAUAGCUCAUGAUAGGAUUGGAAGAUUUUUGGGAUGUUGGAGCUUGCAGGCAUUAUAUUUUUGCUCCAAUCCCCAUGUUCUGGAUUUCUGGAAGCUUAAACUAUGAAAUGUUACAUAACUGCUCGUUUAUACAUGUUCAAUUGUAGAAUAAUAAAAUGGACUUUUGGUCAUGGA